AUGUCAACUCCUCAGGCUUCCGCCGCUGCCAGCGCCCACUCGAUCUUGCCUGCCAAGAUCCGACCCAGGCAGCCUGCCUCUGCUCUGCCACCCCCGUCAAUCAUCCUCACCCUCUCUGGACCCGAUGGCCCUGGUAUCGUGCACCGAAUUUCCGGCUUCUUGGCGCGCCGCAACAUGAACAUCAUGGACUCGGCGCAGUUCGGUGACCCUACCACUGGCACCUUCUUCAUGCGUGUCCACGCCUCGGAACCUGAACCUGAAAACGGCAGCCACCCAGAUCCGAAAGCUUCCGACUAUGCUCAGCAACGAUCCGCAUUCCUCGCCAAGGUGAAGGCUGAAUUCGACGAUGAGUUCGCCACGGAGGCCGCAGUGUCGGUCAAGAUCUUUGGCGCCGAAGAAAAGCCACGCACACUCAUCAUGGUUUCCAAGAUCGGCCACUGUCUGAACGACCUUCUGUUCCGCCUCUCGAACAACACUCUGCCCAUCACCGUGCCUUUGAUCAUCUCGAACCACGCGGACUACGAACCCCUCGCCAAGGCAAACGGCAUCCCCUUCUAUCACCUCCCCAUCAACGCUGCGGAGGGCAAGACCAAGGAGUGGCAGGAGGCCGAGAUGGUCAAGCUCGCCAAGCAGUACGACAUCGACAUGAUUGUGCUGGCGCGCUACAUGCAGAUCCUGUCGCCGCAGCUGUGCAGUCUGUUCAGUGGAAGGAUAAUUAAUAUCCACCACUCGUUCCUGCCCAGCUUCAAGGGCGCAAAGCCAUACCAUCAGGCGUUUGAGAGGGGUGUCAAGCUCAUUGGUGCUACGGCGCACUUUGUUACGGCGGAUCUGGAUGAGGGUCCGAUCAUCGAGCAGGCGGUCGAGAGGGUGGACCACGCCAUGACACCGGCGGACUUGGUUCAGGCCGGCUCGGAUGUUGAGGCGAGAGUGCUGGCUCGUGCUGUCAAGUGGACUGCUGAGAGGAGGGUCCUUUUGAACGGCGCUAAGACAGUUGUUUUCAACUAA